AUACAUACAGCUGGUGUUUUAUAGAGCAGAAUCUAAGCAAGAAACAUGAAGGUCAUUUUGGUACUGGCUCUGGCUGUAUUCACAGGCUGCCAAGCCAACUUGCUCUAUGCUGAUGAGCCCAAACCACAGCUGGAACAAUUGACUGAUGCUUUCUGGGACUAUGUUGCCAUGGCAACACACACUGCUGAGGACACACUGAAAACAAUUAGAGAGUCUCAACUUGGCCAGGAAGUCACUGCUAGAUUUACAGAUGGCACUAAUAUGGCCAGUGAGUAUGCUGUCACUCUCCAGAAACAAGUGAGCCCUAUGGCCCAGGACAUCAUGACCAAGAUCUUCCAGGAGGCUGAGGUUCUGAAGGAACGUCUUGAGCAGGACUUGACCACUGUAAAGGGCAAACUGGAGCCCUAUUCUGAUGAUAUGAAGACCCAAAUUCAGCAGAAAAUGGAGGAGCUGAGAGUAGCUGUGGCUCCCUAUGCUGAGUCCAUUGACACUGAAGCUCUGAAAACCACUGUGCUGCAGAAGACAGAGGAGCUCAGGGGAAAUCUGGAGGAGAAAGUGAAGGAGCUGCAGUCCCAGCUGGAUCCCUACACUGAAGAUAUCAGACAGAAAGUAGAUCAGCACCUGCAGGAUAUUCACAAAGUGGCUUUACAGUAA